ACUCCGAAGCUUCCCGGUUGACGACCUCUCCGGUCUCCCCCCUCACCCCACCGCAACCCGGGACGUCUUCCAUGGCCGCCGCCGCCGCCGCCCCCGCCUACUAAACCACCCUACCCACCCCCUCCAAACUCCCACACAUUACAUCCUUCAAAGAGAGCAUCACACACACACACACACCAGCCUAGCGAUCACAUUUCCACGAUGACGACGACGACGCGAGUGGCGGCCGCCGCCGCCGGCGUGCUGCUGGUGGCGGCGGCGCUGGCCGGCGUGGCGCGCGGCGAGGACCCGUACGUGUUCUUCGAGUGGAAGGUGACGUACGGCACCAAGACCCUCCUGGACGCGCCGCAGAAGGUGAUCCUGAUCAACGGCGAGUUCCCGGGCCCGCGGAUCAACUGCUCGUCCAACAACAACAUCGUGGUGAACGUGUUCAACCAGCUGGACGAGCCGCUGCUCUUCACCUGGAACGGGAUGCAGCACCGCAAGAACUCGUGGCAGGACGGCCUCGCCGGGACGCAGUGCCCCAUCGCGCCGGGCACCAACUACACGUACAAGUGGCAGCCCAAGGACCAGAUCGGCAGCUUCUUCUACUUCCCGUCGCUGGGGAUGCACCGCGCCGCCGGCGGCUACGGCGGGAUCAGCGUCGUCAGCCGCCUGCUCAUCCCGGUCCCGUUCGACCCGCCGGCCGACGACCACAUGGUGCUCAUCGGCGACUGGUACACCAAGGACCACGCCGCCAUGGCCAAGAUGCUCGACGCCGGCAAGAGCUUCGGCCGCCCGCACGGGGUGGUCAUCAACGGCAAGUCCGGCAAGGCCGCCGCCGACCCGCCCAUGUUCACCGUCGAGGCCGGCAAGACGUACCGGCUCCGCGUCUGCAACGUCGGCAUCAAGGCGUCGCUCAACUUCCGCAUCCAGGGCCACGACAUGAAGCUGGUGGAGAUGGAGGGCUCCCACACGGUGCAGGACAUGUACGACUCCCUCGACGUCCACGUCGGCCACUGCCUCUCCGUCCUCGUCGACGCCGACCAGAAGCCCGGCGACUACUACGCGGUGGCGUCCACGCGGUUCAUCCACGAGGCCAAGUCGGUGUCAGCCGUCAUCCGCUACGCCGGCUCGAGCACGCCGCCGUCGCCGGCCGUGCCGGAGCCGCCGGCGGGAUGGGCGUGGUCGAUCAACCAGUGGAGGUCGUUCCGGUGGAACCUGACGGCGAGCGCCGCCCGCCCCAACCCGCAGGGGUCCUACCACUACGGCCAGAUCAACAUCACGCGCACCAUCAGGCUCAUGGUCUCCCGGGGCCACAUCGACGGCAAGCUCAAGUACGGCUUCAAUGGCGUCUCCCACGUCGACGCCGAGACGCCGCUCAAGCUCGCCGAGUACUUCAACGUCACCGACGGCGUCUUCAGGUACAACCAGAUGACCGACGUGCCGCCCGCCGUCAAUGGCCCCCUCCACGUCGUCCCCAACGUCAUCACCGCCGAGUUCCGCACCUUCAUCGAGAUCAUCUUCGAGAACCCCGAGAAGAGCAUGGACUCCGUCCACCUCGACGGCUACGCCUUCUUCGCCGUCGGGAUGGGGCCGGGGAAGUGGUCGGCGGAGGAGAGGAAGACGUACAACCUGCUGGACGGGGUGAGCCGGCACUCGGUCCAGGUGUACCCGAGGUCGUGGACGGCGAUCAUGCUGACGUUCGACAACGCCGGGAUGUGGAACGUGAGGUCCAACAUCUGGGAGAGGCACUACCUCGGCGAGCAGCUCUACAUCAGCGUCGUCUCGCCGGCGAGGUCGCUCCGGGACGAGUACAACAUGCCGGAGAACGCCCUCCGCUGCGGCAAGGUCGUCGGCCUGCCGCUGCCGCCGUCCUACCUCCCGGCCUAAUUCAUCGAUCGAUGCAUAUAUGUACUGAACCCGAUGACAUUCUUCUCUUGUUCUUGACAUUUUUUGUGAUCUUUUGCUUAAUCUGGCGAAAUAAUCAACUUAAUUUGGGCUCGUGCUUAUUGCAUGUCCCCGCGAAAAGAAGAACAAAAGAGGAGUGGAAACUGAAACGUACGUCCUAUGAAGAAGCUGAGCGCCGUCGUCGUCAGCUGGAUGUAAUUUCGAUAUGCCCUCUAAAAACCAUUGUAAUGGUGGAGUUAUAUUAUACAUAUGAUUUCAUCGCUCA